UAGUUGGAAAUAUCUAGAGUCUCGGACGAAAGAACUAGAAAUGACGCUUACAUAGGCUCUUUCGUUAUUACCUGUGUCCGUAAAACCACAAGCAGUCGCAACUCUUAAAACUUGUAUUAGGGUUUUACAGUUUCGUUUCUAUUUCUAGACAAGAUGAGCCGUGUUCCUGAGGUGAAGUGGGCCCAGAGGGCAGACAAGGUUUUCAUUACUGUUCUGUUGCCUGACUCAAAAAAUGCAAAGGUCAAUCUCGAGCCAGAGGGAGUGUUCACUUUCUCUGCUAUUGCAGGAGCAGAAAACAACCUUUAUGAGAUUAAAUUGGAUCUUUUCGAUAAGGUCAAUGUGGAGGAAAGUAAAAUUAAUAUUGGAGUAAGAAGCAUAUUCUGCAUUUUGGAAAAGGCAGAGAAGGGGUGGUGGAAGAAGCUAUUACGUGGAGAUGGCAAGACACCACAUUAUAUCAAAGUUGAUUGGGACAAAUGGGUGGAUGAAGAUGAGGAUAAUGGUGUUGGUGAUUUGGAUCUUGGAGGGAUGGACUUUUCGAAUUUUGGUGGCAUGGGAGGCAUGGGGGCCAUGGGGGGCAUGGGAGGCAUGGGGGCCAUGGGGGCCAUGGGGGGCUUGGGAGGCAUGGGGGGCAUGGGGGGCUUGGGUGACGAGGGAAUGGGUGACUUUGAAGAUAGUGAUGAUGAAGAAGUGGCAAAACCAGGGGAACAAGGUAGUGGCUCAGCACCAGGAGAAACAAAGCCAGAAGAGGAAGGUGAAAAUUCGGAAGCAAAAAAGGAAGCUGCUCCAAGCACAUGAUGCUGUGGUAGUUUAGAAUGUCAUGGUUGCAGCAUGGGAUAAAAUUUUCAGUCUCUUUGAGGGAUCAAUGAGUGUUUUCCCCUAAUCAAGUGGCGCAAAAAUUUUUAUUAUUUGGCGCACUAUGUGUCUUAUAACCUGCCAAAACUCUUUAACUUGGAUUUUAGAAUGUUGUAUUUUUUAGUUGUUUCAUGAACGAUAAUUUGGAAGUGAGCUUGUGAGCUCAGUCACUGCAUGAUUGAGAUCUGAGAGUAAAACAUCAGUUAGUUCAGGUUAUAUGAACAUUCUAAAAACAAUUUUAUUGUUAAAUCUUUACCAUUUAUGCUUAUGGAGUAGGUUGCUGGUUUGUAUGGAUUUAUGGUUUAAAAUCAACCUAUCAUGUCUCAAAAGUAUCCGGUUGAGCUUGCUUUGUGA